GCGCAGGCAGGGUUUGCUGCUUUUUCUGUGCUCGAUUCAGGGAACACACAAUGGACAGUCAAGGGAGAAAAGUCGUGGUUUGUGACAAUGGAACCGGGUUUGUCAAGUGCGGCUUCGCGGGAUCCAACUUCCCCGAACACAUUUUCCCAGCGCUGGUUGGCCGGCCGAUCAUCCGCUCCACGGCGAAAGUCGGCAACAUUGAAAUCAAGGACCUCAUGGUGGGCGACGAGGCCAGCGAGCUGCGCUCCAUGCUGGAGGUGAACUACCCCAUGGACAACGGCAUCGUGAGGAACUGGGACGACAUGAAGCACCUGUGGGACUACACCUUCGGGCCCGAGAAGCUCGACAUCGACUCCCGCGACUGCAAGAUCCUCCUGACCGAGCCGCCCAUGAACCCCACCAAGAACAGGGAGAAGAUCAUAGAGGUGAUGUUUGAAACGUACAAGUUCUCAGGAGUUUACAUCGCCAUCCAGGCCGUUCUCACGCUCUACGCUCAAGGCCUGCUCACCGGCGUGGUGUUGGACUCCGGGGACGGCGUCACUCACAUCUGUCCGGUGUACGAGGGCUUCUCGCUGCCUCACCUGACGCGGCGCCUCGACAUCGCCGGGAGGGACAUAACUCGCUACCUCAUCAAGCUGCUGCUGCUGCGCGGCUACGCCUUCAACCACUCGGCGGACUUUGAGACGGUGAGGAUGAUGAAGGAGAAGCUCUGCUACGUGGGCUACAACAUCGAGCAGGAGCAGAAGCUGGCGCUGGAGACGACGGUGCUGGUGGAGUCGUACACGCUCCCAGACGGCAGGCUGAUUAAAGUGGGCGGCGAGCGCUUCGAAGCCCCCGAGGCUCUGUUCCAACCCCACCUCAUCAACGUGGAGGGGGUGGGCGUGGCCGAGCUGCUCUUCAACACCAUCCAGGCCGCCGACAUCGACACCAGGUCUGAGUUCUACAAGCACAUCGUCCUGUCCGGGGGCUCCACCAUGUACCCCGGCCUGCCGUCACGCCUGGAGCGAGAGCUGAAGCAGCUGUACCUGGAGCGAGUGCUCAAAGGAGACGUGGACAAGCUGUCGAAAUUCAAGAUCCGGAUCGAGGACCCCCCCCGGAGGAAGCACAUGGUGUUCCUGGGCGGCGCCGUGCUGGCCGACAUCAUGAAGGACAAGGACAACUUCUGGAUGACGCGGGAGGAGUACGAGGAGAAGGGCACGCGGGUGCUGGAGAAGCUCGGAGUCACCGUCAGAUAGAACCCCCAAAACAACAACAACAAACAAACAAACACUUCCCGCUCACAUUCCCCUCCACCUGCCCCCCCCCCCCCAUUUUUUGAAAAGCAGGGAGGGAAAGAAGGGAUGAAGGAUUCUGGGGUAAGAAGUCUCAAUGGCGACGUCUUAAAUAUUUUUCCUGUGAAAUAGAAAAUUGCUUUAUUAUUAUUAGAAUGAUGCUUUGGAGACGACGGAGUCAGCGCCGGUGAUUACUCCGUUUAAAAAUAAUAAUAUUUACUGUCAUUUUUGGUUAAAAAGUUGCUUUUCUUGGCGAGAGUUGGACACGCGUCUCUCCUCUGUCCGUUAGCGUAGCGUAGCUUAGCAUGAAGACUGUCCCACGUCACACAACUCAAGUCAUUUUAGGACUUCAUAAAAUAACACAUUAUGUUCACGGUUAUUUUCGGGGCUUUUUAGUUAGUAAAGAGUGAAAAGCAAUAGGAGCAAUAAGCUCGACGUGGUUGAAGUAGUCGAUGUUAUGUUUGUUUACGCGCCGUACAAACAGGACAACAACAACAACGGCCUCCUCAGCCUCCGGUUGUUAUGCUAAGCUAACUAUUUCUGACUCCAAGAAAGAAAAUAAUUGUAUUACCUCAACUUGUAUUCCCUUUUUUUUUCAAAGAUGAAAUGAUAAUCCAUGGCUUUAAAAAUACAGACUGUUCAAUGUCAAAAUAUCUUUUUUUUUUUUUUAGUGUCGUGUGCCUCAGACUUAAUAAUAAUAAAAGUUAUUAUUAUUAUGAGCGAGGCGCUACAGAUGAAGCUCGGUACAGAGAUUAGAUAUCCGAAUGGAUCGUCACCUGCUGCGUCUUAACAUACCGACCAUCCAAUAACAUCCCCCCCCCACCCGACCCAUUUCCUGUUUCCUGUUUGGGGACGAGUCACUGGGGCUGGCAGACAUUUCUUCUCCUCUCUCCUCCUCGUUUGUCCUCGUUGGGACAUUUGCUCGCUAGUUGCGCUCAGAGUUCACAGCUCCUCCCGGCGGAGGUGGAGGAAGCUUCUCAGGAGUUUUUCUCGCGGCAAUCGGGAGGUUUUGAGUUUCUGUAUUCAGAGAAACGGACCGGCUGAAGCUUUUAAUUGGAUUUUGAUUCGUCGCCGUUUCCUGUUUACCGGCAACAAAUAAUAAACUUAUGGCAGAGGACUCAUGAGGGAGAGGUUUCCAUUCCAUUACCGCUCUGAGCUGCUUCCUGUUUGUUACACACACACACACACACACACACACACACACACACACACACACACACACACACAGAGAGAGAGCGAUAGAUCUCCACCACAUAGCUGUAAUAAACAUAGCGUAGCUUUUAGCCACAAGGGGGCAGCACCGAGCACGCUGCCACUCAGCAGAACUCUGUUUUUACCUAAUAAUUAAUAUAUAGGAUCGUCAGCUCUACGAGUUCAUCUGCAGUUAGCGAGCGGAGACAUUUUUUGUGAAAUGCGACAUUUACUGGGGAAAAAAAAGAAGACAUUUUUAAUUUGACAUGCCUUUCUAUUGAGGCCUUUUGUCGCUUUGCUUAACGUACUUAUUUCCUCCUUCCUGUGGGCGGUACCGUGAAGCAGGACUCGGGCGGUUAAUCGAGGUGAAACCAGGGUCAGUGAUUAAUAGAUCAACUCUCGUAGACGCACCGCGUACCGACCAAUCAGAGCGCGCUAUACCUGGAUCGUAAAUUAAUAUUAACCCCGAAUAUGAAGAAGUGAAAGUCCUGAUCCAGGCUGAACAUGACGGGGAGUCUGGGUCAGUUCAACCCGAUAGUUUGUAUUAAUUCUCAUCACGAGUCAUUUCUCUUGUGCCAAUAACGCGCCGCGCUUUCAGCCUCACUUCUUUUGUUUUGGAGGCGUUUGUUUUCUCUUUGCUGAUCAUCGACGUGCUUUCUGUUGCCGAGGAGACAAAGUGUUCCUCUCUGUGUCGAAUGAAACAUAUCCUCAUCUUUUUAAAGUAGGAAAUGUCCAAUAGGAAAUGAUUCCAUGUGUUGGUCUUGAAGGAGGAAAGGGGGCGUGGUCAAACAGUCUGGAACGAUCUCAUUGGUUGAGAGGGAGGCACUCGUUAAGACCGAUAUUAAUACUGUAGAAAAUGUACAUUUGGCUCAAGUUUCAGAUAUUUUGCCUUCAGUUUAAUUAUUAAGAUCUUUUUUUAUAUACUUUCUUCUCCGUCGUCCAACACAGUAUUUUGUUCCCGCAACGAGAACAAAUAAAUCAUAUAAACAAACAUUACUUAUGCACAUUUCAGAACAAAGUUACAAAGUGUUCAUUUAAAAUGAGACGAAGACAUGAAGAAUAAUACUGAGCUGAAAACCACAAUUGCAUAAGAAUAUAAAUACUUCUAAAGAGUAAAACGUGUCUCUUCUUGUGUGCAGCUGAUCAACCGAUGAGGUCAUUCUGGGAUGUUUGUCUCCAACAUUUAAUCUGCACUUAGUUAGAAACCUUUAUGAGUGAAGUAGUUUCCCUUUUAAAUAUUUUAAUUCCUUUCUCCUUCCUCGACUGUACUGAAGAUUAACUGUGUGGGUUUGGGGGUUUUCAGAAGGAGGUGCUGUGUGUGUGUGUGGCUCACCGAGGUAUUAUUUGAUAUAUUAAUAAUCUGGUGUGAGGAAGCGGAGGCCACGUAAGAAGCUGGUAUUUGUGGUGUUCCGUCUCGGUUCCUGUGUGUAUAUUGGAGGCACUUGGCUCGCAUAUAUAAAUAUAAAUGUAUACUUUCCUCUCGGAGGAGGCGCUCGUCGAGGGCCGAGGACACGCUGUCCUCUCGCUGGAAUUUUUGUAUUUUCUUUUUUUUUGCUUGUCCUUUUUUAAAGUUUUGUUCGUUGUAUAACUGCCAACCGCUGAUUUAAAUAAAGCAAAAGAUUUAUAGAC